GACAUCUUCUACGAAGACGAUGUCAACAUGGGGAUGAUGCCCGGGUCGGGCCUCAAGAGUCCCCGGUACAACGUGGAUGACAUCCCCGUCGACCGGCUGCACCUGGAGCGCGCGCUGGAUGACGACAGCGCCGCCAGGGGAGUGACGGGCCACAGAUACAUGCACGAUGAGAACAAGCUCAUCAAAAAGAAGUACAAG